AUGUCGAAGCCUUUAGCCAUCGUCACGGGGGCGGCGUCUGGCAUUGGGCUGAGCCUGACCCGCCAUCUUCUCCUCUCCGGCUGGCGCGUGGCGAUGGCGGACCUCAACGAGGAGAAGGGCAAGGCUCUCGAGCGCGAGCUGGGUCCGGAUGUCAUGUUCCUGAAGGUCGACGUUGCGAGAUAUGACCAGCAAGCGGCCUUGUUCCAGUCGGCAUUCGAAUGGGGUGGCGGCCGCCUCGAUCUCCUCGCGGCCAAUGCAGGCAUUGACGAUCGCCAAAGCUUAUACGAAGGAGCAUCCGAUACACUCGGGCCACCGCCGGAGCUGAACACGGACUGCAUCCAGGUGGACAUGGUCGCGGUGCUGCAGGGUGUCUGGCUGCUGUCCCACUAUGCACGCCGCAAUAAAAACCCUGGCGCCAAGGUGGUCAUCACUUGCUCAGGAGCCGGAAUCUACCCGAUGGAAACGAACCCGCAAUAUACGAUGGCGAAACACGGACUGAUCGGCCUUGCUCGUUCUGCGGCUCCGCGUUUUAUGAUGGAGAAUGUGACAAUCAACUGUAUUCUUCCUGGUUUUGUCAAGACAGGAUUGGCUCCUCCCGAGAUGGUCAGCAGGAUGCCGGCCGAGUACGUGACGCCCAUGUCAACGGUCCUGCGAGCGUACGAUAUGUUUCUGCGCGAGUCCAAGAUGACGGGUCAGGCCGUAGAGGUGUCUGGGGAGGAGCUGCACUUCCAUUCCAUUCCCAAAUAUCCGGAUGAGAUCUCGAGAUGGUUGCACGAGGACGCAAAGAAACUAUGGAGCGAGGUCUAUCCACCGGGAGAGGCUCCACGUCCAUCUUCGGGAGCAGCAAAUGGGGAAUCUUAACCGAGCCACACGUAAAUUAUUUUAGCUGAAC